AUGGCAUCAGCACAACGACAAUGGCAGAAUACUGCUCAGGCCGGGUGUGUCCAGACUCUCGUUACUCACCAGCAAGAUCAUCCAGCGUGGAAUCGCCAAGCUGGCAAGCCCGGAUGCAUGAGGCAGGCAAAGACACUCAUCUCCCCUGUCUGCCCACGGCACUCUCACGGCUCGCCGAGAUGUACUCCGACGCUUGAUGUCAUGCAGAACGCCCCCCGUCAACAGUUGCUGAGGGCCAAUUUUUGUGAGGAGGUUGCUGCGGCCUGCUCGGCUGGCCUGGGAGUAAGUAUGCUUUCUUGGAACUUGGACGCGGAAUUCGACCAUGACAAUCUUUGUUGCAUGGUCAUAUUCGAGGUUCGUAAGCGGUGGUCCAGGGUACUGCUGGAUCGAGAUGAAUCGAAAAGGGCCCGAGGUUACGCUGGGGUCACCUUCGCAUCUCACGGCCGAAGGGGGUGCUUGCUUGGCCACCGGCCUUGGGCGCGUCGAUCACGCAUGGCUGGAUUCUUUUCACGGAAGAGAUUUCUCAACCUCUCUUUUCCGGCAGUGUCCCAAAAAAAGGCUUGGAGGUCAUCUUCGACAGAAACCUUGCGAGAAUAUCGACAGGGGGUCUCCAAGACGAGAAGAAGGGUGUAUGGGCAAGCUGGAAAAGAGCCAGGAUGA